AAAAACCUCUGAAUAAUGCGGGAAUAUAGACGUUAUCUUUUGUAACAUUAUGGGCCUGCUUGCGACCCGCGAACUCACACAGUAGCCGCGUACGUUUAAAGUAUCGUUGGUAGCAGUUCGUGUUUUAGUUCAUGUAAAGAAGGCGAUGCAGCAGAGCGCGCCACCGUAAUGGUCUCCACCACGUUAUAUGGGAGUUAUAGGGCCCUGCCUGCGACCCUGUCCUUCGGACUACGAAUCGUGUAUUUAUGAAUGGUUAUUAAUGAUAUCUUUUUGCCCACUCAGCUGAUAUACCCGAAGUUGUCCAAGAUAAACUUCUUAGCCUAGUUGGGAAGCUGUAGUACUUGGUCAAGCUGCAGAAAUAUCAAAAUAUGAGUACGAGUAUUAAUAGUCUUAAAAGCAUCUGCGAGCAGUACUGGCUGAUAAUGAGUCAUAUUUGUGCGUGCUCUGGCGUAUUUGAUGCAAUGAUUUGAUGACGUUGCGUAGUCGUAGUUGCGUAAAAUGAUGGAUUUGUUCUUUUGGUUGUGUUUUUUUUAUUUAUUUAAUAAUAUAUCUUCCAGAACUAUUGUUUUCAAGUGAUAUUCGGGAAAAGAUUCGAACCUUUUACUAAGUUUUUUGUUUUAUUUUAAAGGACACCUUUUCAAGCAGGUGUCAAGAUUCUUGCAUCCUGCUCGCUGUCAGCCACACUUUGCUCCAUUUCGAAUCUACAAUCGCUACGACACGAAAUUCUGUUUCUUGUGACCGUCAGUUCAUUGUCCGUUCAUUUUAUUUUGCUAUCGUGAAAAAUUUAUCUCAAUGUGAAGCUUGAAUCACAUCUACAAAGUAUGUUUUGCAUCGGAAAUUAGUAAAUCUAGAAAAAAGUUCACUCUUUCAUAUGAAAAGUAUAGACAAGAAUAAACAGCAUAAAUUCAAAAAGUUGAUUUCAGAAAUGGCUUGUUGGAAAACUGAUGAAGAUAUUGCCCGGGAUAUGGAUAUUUUGUCUGGAAUUCAAAGUUCUGAAGAAAAAAUUAAGUCUUAUUCAUCAUGGGGUAGAGGUCAAAAACUGAAUGUGCACAGUGAUAUCAACACAUUUCCAGAACCCCAAGAAAAGACAGAUGUUGAAGAAUUUAAAUGGUUUACAGAGGAGGAAACGCUUGGAAAACUUCCUGAUUCUAUUGGUCGGGGGAAAAGAUUGGAAAUUCUUAAAGCAAAUCUUUAUCGAAGCAAAGAAAUGGAAGUACAUGAGCAGUUGAGAGAAGUUAUGGGUCCUGGUUAUUCCAACGCAUUCAUUGAAGAAUCAUUUAAGAAGCGGUUAGGUUUGAAAAAUGAUCAGAAGCCUGCUUGUUCAGAUUUGUCUGUUGAUCAAUUUCAAGAUUCUGGACAGACUGAUAAUAUUGAUAACAUUGGUAAUUAUCAGAAUGAAUGUGUGGAUCCUAAAUCAGCAGAUUCAGAACCAAACCAUGUACCCAAGGUUAUCAAGAGCCGACGAAUCCAACGUCGAUAUCGAAAUGCUCUUUUGGAAAGUCUGGAAAGAAAUCCUGAAAAUACAUCUGUUAAAAAUGAACAGACUGAAAUAGGUGGUUCCUUGGCAACAAGAACUUGUUUGUUUGGAAAUAAAAGUUCAAAUAUCCCUCCUGCUUGUUAUUUACCUGGAAAAAACUUAGUAUCUUACUCACCGCAAAAAACUCAAGUUUCAUUUGAAUACAAAGAAUCGGAAUUUCCCACCUUAUAAGAUAGAUUUCGAUAUUUUAUUGGAGUGUUGUAUAUUUUUAAGUACAUUUUUAUAAAUUAAUUGAAUUUGUACUGUAUAAAUUUGCCAGAAUUUCAUUACAUGAUGCUGGAUACAAAAGUGAUACUUGAAAUUGAAAAUAAAAGCAUUCAAAAGAUUUCAUUACAGAUUGUUUAUUAGUGAAGCAGCAGUUCCUUAUCAUAGAAUUUGCAAUUGAACGUUGAAGUUGUAAAAUUAUUUUUCAAACAAAAAUGUAUCCUAUCUUUAUUUGGUGAAAGGUAAGCCAACAUAAUAGUUUGUUGCAUUUUUUUUUUUUUUAAAUUAAUAGCCAGGUAAUACUUUAGAAAUCCAAUGGCUGAAAUAUUUGACAUUAAUUUUCAAAGCUUAAAUCUAAUUCUUUGACAUUUUCUAUAAAAAUAUUGUACGUGCAUUUCUAUUUGUUCUGCUUGAAAUUUUUAUAACUUCAUUAUCGUCUAUCUCACCAGAGAAGAAAGAUUUGAAUAUUAGUAUUAUUAAUUAUAGAUAAUGCUGAAAAAAUUGAACAAGAUCUGAGAAAAUGAAGAUAAAAUGAAGCAGUUGAAUUCCAACUACAGCAAAUAGGUCAUGCAAUGUUUGAGAAUUCUGGAAAAAUAGUUUCUUUUGAUUAUGCCCUGUAAUACCCAUAAGUAAUGUGACUUCAUUUCAUGAGAUGCAUUCACUGUUUUAAAUGCUCUGAAAAGUCAUAAUCAUCCAUGGUACACUACUAUUACAACCAGAAAUAACGAUUAGAGAUGAAGAAAAAGACUGUAUUUGCAGUCUUGUUGGACAAAGUGCCAAGUGCAACUUAUUUAUACCGAAAGUAUGAAGUGUUGUUUGUUUGUUUGGUGGUGUGUUUUUAAUUUUUUUAAAUUUUAAUGUAAAAUCUAGAAAUUUAUUACAAGUGUUGAUUGACUAUAGUAAUCUGAUUUUCAUAACUCCACAAAUAAAUGUAAUUAGAAAUGCAUCCCAAUGUUGAAUAAAAUAUGUGUAUAAUUCUUGGAUCUGAAUCACUUUUAUAUUGAGUAUCAUGUAAUGUACCUCAGUGAAUUGUAUUCCCUUAGGUUUUGUUAAUUACAGUCCCUAUUGAAAUAUACUUUCUAAAGCUCUGAUGUAACAAAAGGUGUCCAGAAUAGCAGCUUCCAGUUUUUCUAAUGUAUUCCUUCAAAAUUUACUCGUGUUAAGCUUGUGAUAUCAAAUAGGUUACCAAAAAAUAUUGAUGUGCCUUGUGUCAAUCCUAUACAAAGUGGAUGACUUGUGUAUAACUUCAGUAUAACAGAAAAAUUAUUAAUCAAGAAAAAUGAAUUUAAACAAAGUUUUUGUGUUUAAGAAAUCUGGUCAUAGCAUAUAUUGUUUUUUUAUUAUUUUUUUUAUGAGAUUAGUAAUAAGGCCGGAUUCAGUUUGGAUGAAGUAAAGAAAUCAACAGCCUAUACUAGGGUCUGUUUGUGCAUAUAAGAAUGUAAAUGGUUUUUUGACAACAAUCUCAUUAAAAUAAUGAAAAAUGUGCUUCAUUUGAGCAUAAAUUAUAUUAUAUAAAUUAGAUUGAAACUGUUUUAUUUACAUAGUAAAAAUGGAUUUCAAAUGUGUAGCAGAGUGAAGUGUAUGAAUGUAAGCACGGAAAUUGAUUCAAAAUGUGGCAAAAAAAAAUUUAGUCACAUCCUCUCUGUUGACUUCAGGAGUUUUAACUCCUUAUUUCUUGUGAAUAAAAUCCUUCCAUUUUAGGAAAGAUGAUUGGUUAAUUCUUUCUGGUAUUUGGAGUGUAUAGUAGUAAUUUAAGGAAAUGUAUUUUUCAGUAGGAAUACCUUGAUGUUUCUUUUUCUGUACUGAUAUUUUCUUCAGAGAUUUUUAGAUAUAAUAGUGCAUAUGCUGGUUUUCCUGGCUGCUUCCUCUAAAUGACUUCCAGAACAUUUGUAAAAUGUAUUGCGCUUUAUUCUCAUACGACAUUGGGAAUAGAAGUGAACGUAUGUUCUUUCUAGAGCUCACAAAAACAAACCUACUGGUCAUUUCACAACAUCUCUGCUUUCUAGGUGAUAUCAGGGUUCUUGCAAGGAUUGGGUCACUGUUGUUUUUAUUUUACUGUGCUCUAACUUCUGAUUUUUAAUAUGUUUUGAUGUAUUUAAGGAGUAAAUUAUUUUUAUAGUAAACAAAAAUUACUGUUGUUAAAGAAUAUGAACAAAAUGAAUUAAAAGUAAUAUUGUAAACUAUUUUUUAGACAGCUAUUUAUUAAUGAAUUGGUUAUUCUCUUUCUUCUCUACAAAACAAAUUCAGUCAAUGUUAAACUUUUGUAAUAAGACUACUUGUUAACUAUUGGCUUCUAUUUCUCCAUCCGUUUUGUUCUUCAUCUUUAUAACAAUUAAAAUAACAAUCCAAAAGUUAAUUUUGGUUUGUUGAGUGGUAUUUUAAUCUUUUUUUUUUUUUCUCUCUCUCUCUUUUUCUUUUAACUGAGAGUUGUUUUUAGUGCCAGAUAUUGUUGUAACCAUACCUAUUUGAAGAGAAAUAUUACUUUCUCCAACAGCUGUCUAAAAAAAAAGUAUUCUUGGAACUGUUAAUUUCAGUAUUGUUGUUUUACCCUCAAAAACAAACUGAGAAACAUAGUGCCAACCUAGAAUAAAGAUUUAUUUGUAGGAAAAUUCUGUAUAAUUCACAUAUAAUUUUUGUCCAAAGGGGAUGAAAAAUUAGCAUAACGGAUGAGUUGUCAUUUAGUGAAGGUAUUGAACUGCAAUUAAUUAAAGAUAAUUGUUUUCCUAAAAAUGCAUUUGCAAUUUGAAAUCAUCUAUUGCAUAAAAAUGUUGUUAAACACAGAGUAUAAUAACAUUUGGGCUUAAACAUAACGCAAAGUAGGAUACAGGCUCCAAACCGUGCCAGUGAAUAUAAUCACAUCAUCACUCCUAUGUACAUUGGAAUCUUAAACUGUAUUCAAAACUUUAUAAAAUUGUCUUUAGAUGCAGUGAAAUCUGUGUGCAGGUGCUCACGCUUGUGUGUGUGUGUGUGCACAUGUGUGUGCAUUUAAGGUGAUGGGAGAUUUUAGGUGGUUCUGUGGUAAAAAGUCUUUGAAAAUCAUAAAGCAUUUUAAAUGUAAAAGUUAUUUAUAUAAGAGAACUCUCUAAUUUAUUAUUACUGUAAAUUUUGUUAACUAUUGAUUUGCAGUUGUUUGGAUUGAUGAAAAUGUUAAAUGGUCCUGAAUAUUGUUUUAAUAAAGAAAUUCCAUAUUUGAAAAUUUAGUUUCAUUUGCUUAUGAUGUGAACUUUAUGGAAUGUACUUGUGAAAAUCAGUGGUAAAGAAUUUCAAUAUGAAAUUAAAACAUUUUCGUGCAGUUUUGAAUUAUAUUUAUUGAAAUAGCUAGGAAACAGAUUCAAUGAAUUUUUGCUACUGAGUAAUUGACUUUCAGUAAAGAAGGACAGAAAAAGUGUCAACGAGCAAGAAUAUGAAAUGCUCUUGACCAAAAUACUGAUGCAAAUUAUGCAGUUUUGAAUGAAAAACUGUGCAAAUGUGAAUUUUUAUGUUAUGAUUCAAUGACCAAGUUUAACUGAAUGAACAUAUUUAUGUAAUUGGGGGCAGCAACAAUACCCUAUUCCCACAUCCAAAAUAAAUUAGAAUGUACCUCAGAGGUAGGCCAUUCUGAACUGUAGAAUAUUGCUGUGUGUUUUUUGCUAUUCCAAAUUAUUUUCAUACAGAAUAUCUUAAACUCCUAUCUUGUAGGACCAAGGAUAUAAAUAGAUUCAUA